AUGGCCGACAUGAGUGCCGCGCAAAAACCAAAGACGAUUGGUGGCUUCAUUGAGGAAGAUGAUGACGAAGACGAAGAAGAGCAAGAUCAUGGCACAGGCACAAACGGCUCACUCGCUCAGACUCCUGUGCAGCAGCAACAGAAUGUACAAGCCGUAUAUAACCCUCCUCCUACUGAUCUACUUGAACAAGACCAUGCCCCUUCUGCCAUUCCCACACGAGGUGCUCCUGUCCCAGGCCAGGCUCUGCCGCAGUCCAGUGCUCCUGUUUCCACUGCUCAAAUUCCUUCUUCAUCUUCUGCUGCCCUUUCAAAGCCCCGUCUGCCUCAGGACCGUGUUGGUCAGCUGGAGGACAGAAUUGCCGAUGACCCAAAGGGUGACGUUGACGCUUGGCUUGACUUGAUUGCUCUGCACAGAUCCAAGAACAAGCUCGACGAUGCUCGCAGCGUCUACGACCGCUUCUUCGAAGUCUUCCCCACUGCUGCCGAACAAUGGGUCGCAUACGCCCUCAUGGAGCAAGACCAGGACGACUUCCUCCGCUUGGAAAACAUCUUCAACAUGGCUCUCCUCAAGAACUACAACGUACAGCUCUGGGGCAUCUACCUCGACUACAUCAGACGUCGCAACAAUGUCAUGACCGACGCGACAGGCCAGGCUCGCCAGACUAUUACUCAGGCGUACGACUUUGCCCUCAACCUGAUCGGCAACGACAAGGACUCUGGAAGUAUGUGGCAGGACUACAUCAACUUCAUCAAGUCUGGUCCCGGCAAUCCCGGUGGUAAUGGCUGGCAGGACGCUCAAAAGAUGGAUCUCUUGCGCAAGGCAUAUCAGCGCGCCAUUACUGUCCCCAUGCAGGCUACCACCAGUCUGUGGAAAGAGUACGACUCAUUCGAGAUGGGCCUCAACAAGAUGACUGGUCGCAAGUUCCUCCAAGAAAAGUCACCCGCUUACAUGACCGCCCGUACCUCUUACAACAUCCUCCAGAAGAUCACCCAGGACCUCAAGCGUAGAACCGUUCCGACAUUGCCCCCUGCUCCUGGCUGCGACGGCGACGACGAUUACCAACAGCAAGUCACCAUCUGGCAAGACUGGGUCAAAUGGGAGAAAGAGGACCCCCUCGUGUUGAAAGAGGAGGAUAUCAAGGCAUACCGCGACCGUGUUCUCUAUGUCUACAGACAGGCUACCAUGGCUCUCCGUUUCUGGCCCCAAAUCUGGUACGACGCCGCCGAGUUCUGCUUCGACAACGAGAUGGAGACUGAAGCAAACGACUUCCUGGCACAGGGUGCUGCAGCCAACCCUGAGAGCUGCUUACUCGCCUUCACCCGUGCCGACCGCAUUGAGCAGACGAUGCCCGUCGAGGACGGUGAGGAGAGCCUCGUCCGCCGUGGCGACGCCGUCAAGGAGCCUUACGACAAUUGCCUGAACUCAUUAUACGCCCUCAUGGACAAGAUCAAGGCGCGCGAGCCCAAAGCUAUCGCCCAAAUCAAGGAGUACUACGAGUCUCUACCUCCGCUGUCUCGUGAACCCACCCCCGAAGCCAGAGAUGAUGACGAUGAGGACGAGUCAAACAACAAACCCGCCUCGAACUCAAGAGAAGCCGAGGAACAGAGACAGGUCAAGGAAGUGCAGAAGAACACCGCUGCCCAGGUCAAGACCGUCUCGAAGACAUUGUCCUUCGUGUGGAUUGCUCUCAUGCGUGCCAUGCGUCGCAUUCAAGGAAAGGGCAAGCCUGAUGCACCGGUGGGAGGUCUCAGAAACGUCUUCGCUCUCGCGAGAAAGAGAGGUCGCAUCACCAGCGAUGUCUACGUGGCAACCGCACUUAUCGAGUACCACUGUUACAAGGACCCAGCGGCAACUAAGAUUUUCGAGCGUGGCAUGAAACUGUUCCCUGAAGACGAGCUUUUCGCCAUGGAAUACCUCAAGCAUCUGAUCGCCACCAACGACGUUACCAACGCUCGUGCUGUCUUCGAGACCACGGUUUCCAAGCUCUCGGCCAAGCCAGAGAACAUCCCCAGGACGAAGCCUCUUUUCCUCUUCAUCCACGAGUACGAGUCCAACUACGGCGAGCUUGCACAAAUCACAAAGCUCGAGAAGCGCAUGGCCGAUUUCUUCCCAGAGGACCCCUCUCUCGUCCGCUUCGGUCAUCGCUUCAGAAUUCCUACCUUUGAUCCUUGCACUGUUCGUACCAUCAUUAGCCCCAACGCCCAAACCAGGCCCAAGGGCUCAGAAUUUGCCCUGCCCAGCACAGAGAUCGAGCCGGUACCCAACCCUGCUGUGCUGUCUGCCGCAACAGGUUACGUACAGUCACCCAAGCGCGCGCUCGACAAUGCAGAUUCUGAUGCCGAGCAACCUGCACGCAAGCUUGCUCGCGGCGAGUCACCGCUCAAGGGUGCAGCAGGUCGUCGCCAGCAGCAACGACAGCGUGCAGAGGGUUACGGCUCGCAGGUAGUCGCCCCGCCGCCCAAGCCUCUGCCCAGAGACAUCACUCUUCUUCUCAGCAUGAUUCCCAACGCUUCAACAUACCCAGCCCAAGCUAGGCUGAAUGCUGAGAGUAUGGUCGCUUUGAUCAGAGGUAUUGAUCCCAGCAGAGCCAUGGUUCAAGGCGGCGGAUAUGGUGGUGGCGGCGGCUACAACUACGGCCGCUGA